AUGACCACUACUAGACCACACCUCACCACCAACGACGCGGCGGUCCUCCAGGCGCUCUUCGACGCUGAGUCCUCGCCCUCAUCCGGGGUGGUGAUCGACCCUUCCCUCCCGCCAUGGCCGUCAAGUGUAUCCAUCUCUGACCAAGACUUGGCGUCGCUCAAGGAGCGCGAAGCGUCAAUAAUCCGCCAAAUAUCGGGCGAUAGCCCAACACGAGAAAUGGUCGAAUCUGCGGUCGCCGAUUUCGACGCUCUCAUCGAGACAUACCCGACCUAUCCAUCGGCAUACACCAACCGCGCACAAACUCUGCGACUCCUAGCAGACAUCCAAGAUGAAAGCAAGAACAAAAACACAGAAUCUACCUCAGACGACACUCUCUUCACACCCCAAUCCUCCCCCCUCGCGACCCGUAUCUUCAAUGACCUCGGCCAAGCCAUCACACUAGCCACACCACGCUCCCCCGCAGACCCAGUCUCAAAUGCACAAGCGCGACUAUUAGCAGACGUACACACGCACCGUGGGUAUUUGCUACUAAAAGCGGCGCGACUGAAAAAGAAUAUAAUGGGAGAGAAAGAAGAGACCGGUGGAGGACCGGAACGACUGCGUGGACUCGCCGCUGAUCAGCUCGAGGAAAUGGCGAGUCAGGAUUUCUUUCUUGGAGGACGGUACGGGAAUAAAGUUGCGCAGCAGUUAGCGGUACAGACGAAUCCGUAUGCGAAAAUGUGUGGCGCGAUUGUGAAGGAGGCAAUGAGGAAGGAGGUGGAAGGGUGA